ACCAUGGCCAGAUAUGUUGCUCGGAUCAGAAACUUCAUCCCAGGAGCUCGGCAUGCGGACAGCAACAUCUCGUCUCAAGGAGUUACAGUGGACAUGGCGGAGGUUGAUUACGGGAAGGACAAGAUAAAAAUGUCAUUCUACAAUCCGCUGGACCCUGUGCCAAAACAUGACUUUUAUGCCAAAGACACUUGGUCGGGACGUAUAAAGAACACCAGACCAUCACUGGAUGUUCUGCGCAAACCACCGGACCCUGAUGAUCUUCCUCCACCACCAGAGGACGAUGGACGGCCCAAAGUCAAGCUUGUUCGCUUUGGAUGGGUUCUGGGAGUCAUGAUCCGUUGUAUGUUGAACAUCUGGGGGGUGAUUAUGUACCUGAGACUGCCGUGGAUCACAUCUCAAGCUGGAAUCAUUCUGACCUACGUCAUUAUCUUCAUGUCUAUCACCAUCACUACAAUCACAGCGACCUCAGUGUCUGCGAUCUCUACCAAUGGGAAGGUCUACUCAGGUGGCACGUACUUCAUGAUCUCUCGGAGUCUGGGCCCUGAGCUCGGAGCACCCAUCGGUUUGCUCUUUGCGUUCGCUAACGCUCUCGCCUGUUCGCUCAACACAGUGGGGUUUGCCGAGACCGUCAGAGAUGUGCUUAAAGACAAUAGCGCUCAGAUGGUGGACGAUGUCAAUGACGUGAGGAUCAUUGGGACGAUUACUGUCAUCAUCCUCCUCUGUAUCACAUUUGCUGGCAUGGCUUGGGAGGCAAAGGUAAGGUCCUUUGCUUUGGUUUUUGCUCAUUUCUCAGUACUGUCUCUUUUGACUGCAUCGCUGCCAUUGCUCUUCUUGGUUUUCACUGCUCCACAGGCUCAGAUCCUGUUCUUCAUUGCACUCUUGCUCUCCUUAGUUAAUUAUUUUGUGGGGACAUUCAUUCCCCCCGGCACCGAGAAGCAGGCCAUGGGAUUUUUUGGCUACCGCGCUGACAUUUUCGUGGAGAAUCUGCUGCCUUCCUUCCGAGGCAAAGAUGGAUCUUUCUUCAGGAUGUUUGCCAUCUUCUUCCCUUCUGCCACAGGAAUUCUGUCUGGAGUCAACAUCUGUGGAGAUCUCAAGGAUCCAUCGGGUGGGAUUCCUAAAGGGACCCUGCUGGCCAUAUUCUGGACCACCUUGAGCUAUUUACUGAUCUCAAUCACAGUUGCUGCAACUGUUGUAAGAGAUGCUUCUGGUAGUCUGAACGAUAGUUUAGCACUCAAUUCUUCGAUCCACUGCAGUGGUUUCGGCUGUAAAUUAGGCUGGAAUUUUGACCAGUGUGAGCAGAACAACACAUGCAGCUUUGGACUGGCAAACCAUUUCCAGAUUCUUGCCAUAGUUUCAGGAACUGGCCAUUUGAUCACCAUCGGGAUCUUUGCUGCCACCUUGUCGUCAGCGCUGGGUUUCCUGGUGUCUGCUCCCAAAAUUUUCCAGUGUUUGUGUAAGGAUAACAUCUACCCCUAUAUCGGCUUCUUCGGAAAAGGUUACGGGAAAAACAACGAACCUCUACGAGGCUACAUACUCAUGUUCAUCAUCGCUUUGGCUUUCAUCCUCAUCGGUGACCUGAACACAAUCGCUCCUCUGAUCUCCAACUUCUUCCUCUGCUCUUACGGCCUCAUCAACUUCAGCACCUUCCAUGCGUCGAUCACCCAAUCACCUGGUUGGCGGCCACAGUAUCAUUACUUUUCUCCAUGGACGUCUCUGUUUGCUGCAGUCUUGUCUUUUGUCCUCAUGUUUCUGUUCACCUGGUGGGCCGCUCUCAUCACUUUUGCUAUCGUGCUCUGCCUCUUAGGCUACGUCACCUAUAAAAAACCUCGGGUGAACUGGGGCACGUCUUAUCAGGCGGGUUUCUACAACAUGGCUUUGUCCUUCUCGAUGUCUCUGACUGGUGUUGAAGACCACGUCAAAAACUUCAGGCCUCAGUGUCUCGUUCUGACCGGUCCUCCUAACACUCGUCCCGCUCUCGUGGACUUUGUGGGGACUUUCACCAAAAACAUCAGCCUGAUGAUCUGUGGGAACAUAAUCAUGGAGGAUGAGAAGUCUAGUUUCCCGCAGCACAGCACUGAUAUGUUGGUGGACUGGCUCAAUCAGAGGAAAGUUCGUUCUUUCUACACGUCCUUCAACGCUGACAGUCUGAAAGAAGGCGCACAUAAUCUCAUGCAGGCUUCAGGUCUCGGUAAACUGAAGCCCAACACUCUGGUUUUGGGAUACAAGAUGAACUGGCAGGAAUGUAAACCAGAGAGCUUACAGGACUACAUCAACACCGUCAGCGAUGCAUUCGACUCCAGCUACGGCAUCGCGAUUCUGAGAAUGAUGGAUGGAUUGGACGUAAUGGCUGAUUUUCACAGGGCAGGCAGAUCAUUUGCUAUCGAUAACCAGGCAUUCGACGCAGAUGAAGUCCCACAGUGUGAAAAAGACGAGACUGACCAGAAUUCAGAUAUUUCUGAUGAUGGAUCGGAUGAGCAGGUCAGAUCGGUGUUUCAGACCAAACAAGGCAGGAAGAGCAUCGACAUCUACUGGAUCUCUGACGAUGGAGGUCUGACUCUUUUAGUGCCGUAUUUGUUGACUAGAAGGAACCGCUGGAAAAAGAGCAAACUCAGAGUGUUUAUCUUAGGAGGCAGAGAAACCAUGGAGGAAGACCGCAAAGACAUGAAGAUGCUGUUAAAGAGAUUCCGGCUGGAGAUUGAGGACAUUGUCGUGAUAACAGAUGUGGAUAAACCUCCUCUAGCGAAAAAUUUGCAGCGGUACGAGGAAUCCAUCGCCCCCUUCAGGCUGAGUGAAGAACAGGCCGGAGGAGAUGUACAGGAGCUCAAGAGACUGAGUCCAUGGAAAGUGUCUGACAAAGACCUGGAGGCCAUAAAACCAAAGGUGGAGAGGACAGUGAGACUAAACGAGAUCAUCAAGAAGAACUCAAUUCACGCUGCUCUGGUUGUAAUUUCUCUUCCAGUCCCUGAUGUCACCUGUCCUAGUUCUCUCUAUAUGGCCUGGCUGGACGCUCUGAGCUACGGUAUCCACUGUCCUGCCCUGCUCAUACGAGGAAACCAGGAGAACGUCAUGACCUUCUACUGUCAGUAAAUGUGACUG